UAACAUUGUGAUGUCACAGCGUGUUUGGAGGCAACUGGAAACUUCAUAGACACAAGCACUGUAAAAAAAAAAAGGGGACUGUUGGGAGGAAUCUUGUGUGAAACUGUUAUGGAAUAAAGCUGAAACUUUAAUAAUUUAAACUUCAGUAUCAAAUAAUAUCAGAUCAUGAACAGCGAGGAGCUGGUGAAUGAAUGAAUGCUCCGACACUGAGAUGAGGGACUGUCACAUCCUGCUCUCGCAUUAACGUCAAUUCUGAAAAUGUGUCUUCUGCAGCACGGAGGGAAGGAAUGUUCCAGUCGGAUGCUGCUCGCUCGCCGGACGUUAUUCGUCCCCCUCGCACGGGCCCCAUGAGGCCGAGGAGUCAGUCGGUGGCGGACUGGAGCUCCGGGAGCAGCGCGGCCUCCUCCUCCUCCUCGGCGGCGUCAUGACUCUGUACCACGGCCGCCUGCCGCCGCUCGGGGUGCCCCCCGCGGCCCUGGGCCUCCCCGCGCCCCCGCUCAUCUACCUGUACGGGCGGGACGGCGGCGCAGGGGUCGUGCCCGCCGCGCUGAGCUUCGUGCCCGGCCGCCACGAGCCGCCGCAGAAGCCGCCGUACAGCUACAUCGCGCUCAUCGCCAUGGCCAUCAAGAGCGCGCCGGAGCAGCGCGCCACGCUCAGCGGCAUCUACCAGUUCAUCAUGGACCAGUUCCCGUUCUACCACGACAACAAGCAGGGCUGGCAGAACUCCAUCCGGCACAACCUCUCGCUGAACGACUGCUUCAUCAAGGUGGCCCGGGAGAAGGGCCGGCCCGGCAAGGGCAGCUACUGGACGCUGGACACCAAGUGUCUGGACAUGUUUGAGAACGGCAACUACCGGCGCAGGAAGAGGAAGGCGAAGAGUCACGGGGAGGCUCUGGACUCCAAAGCCGCUGCUGCUGGACACAAGCGCACCAAGGGCCCGGGGCCACCGAGGGGCCCUCACACCUCUGUGAAGCGCCAGACUGGCUCGGAGGGAGCAGAGGCACCGGCGAGGAUGGAGACACGAGCAGACUCGAAGUCCGCUCUUCACACGGAGCAGCCGCACAACCGGGACUCCAGUUCACCCACCGACAGGAGGCUGGAGCCGCGGCCGGAGCCGGAGCCGGAGCCGCCGGCCGCUCCGAGACAACACGCCGCCGCGCUGUGGAUGGACGGCGCGCAUCUGCUCGGCGCGUCCUUCCGCUGGGAGCCGGAGGAGAGAGGGAGGCUCGCGUUCGGCGGGAGGGAGAGAGAGCGAGGUCCGCUCUGCGCCGUCAGCUGCGCGGGGAACACGAACUCGGCCGCACCUGCGCACGACGUCAGGUCGAAGGGAACCGGCCCGAGCAGCAGGGACAAGUCGAAAGCUUUCAGCAUCGAGAGCAUCCUGUCGAGGAGCGAGGACGAGGCGACGCGCGGCGACGUCCUCGGCUCGUGCGCGGAGACGGACCACUACCACCACCACCAGGGUCCGGGUGGGUUCAGCUCGUCCCUGGUGCUCGGUGCUCGGCCACAUCACCUGCACCAGAUGGGGUUCCCCCUCUGCUCCUACCUGUCGCUCACACACCCCGACAAAGUGCUGCAUUUUUAAAAUGAACGAUGAGUGCCGCUAUAUGGAUUCAGGCUUUUACGCACGGAGGUUCUGGUGCGUAAAAGGUGCGUGAAGUGCAACGAGCUUUUCACGACGAGUCACUAUGAGACAUGUUCUUCUCUCUAACAUCUUCUGCCACCACCGUGACGAUCGGACAGUGACAGAGAGCAGCCGGGAGGCUUCUGGACUCAGCUUUACGCAUGCGUAAUUGUCAGGAUUGUGGCACCAACAUUCUCCGAAAGGGAUGUUUGAUACGACAAGAAGCUGAAAGUAAAGAAUGAUUCUGUCUCUGUCGUGUGAAUAUUAACGGAUGAGCUCACGUGCUCUUUGUUUCACUGUUUCCAUAGUGACUCUGAACUCUGCAGAUAUAUAAGUUUAAACACUCAAUCAUGUAUCAAAGCUGUUUUUACAUUCCAAACUGCAAAAUAAAAAAAGUUUAGUUUGUUAAUUAAAAAAAACAAACCCAGUAUGAUUUAUUUUGAAAAUUUAAAAGUCAAAUCCAUGAGUAGAAAUACUGCUAGAAGAAUGUGGUCCCCGGUUGGUAAAAUGAGAUAAAUCCAGGAUGAUCAGACUUUUUUCACUGGCAGCAGCAGAUUGAUAAUCUGGAAUAAUCAUAAUUGAGGAUUAUAGACACUUUCAAUAUCAGAAUUAAUUAAAUUCAACAUGAGUCCACCAGGACAAAGGAUGAUGAUAAAUCUGCUGGCGUUUUUAUUUAUGAGCGACUCUAUCAACACUUCUGUCACAUGAUGAUUUAUGGAGUAUAGAAGAAAAAAAGGUUCAAUGUUUUGACUUCCUCUGGUCAAAACUCUGAAAACUUUCCUCAUCCCCAAGCGAUUCAUCAAUUUCUUCUCUUUCCCCUCAUUUAUUGAAAUUAUCCAAAUUAUGAAUAGUUGAUUACUAAUGUCCUGUCUGUAUUCCCCUAUUGUUAAUUGAACUCAUUGAAAUUAUUAAUUUUUGUGACAAUAUUUAGAAUCAGCGUUUUCCCAGAAAUCCGUUUGUGACUCGUGAAAAUCAGAGAUGUCACAGUGUCGAAACCUUUAUCGUAAUUUUACCCCAACGUUAAUUAAUCAUAUCAAUUAAUGUAGUUGAUUAUAUAUACUAGGUUCUGGCCUUUCCAUUAAGAAUCAGUUUAAUAUUGUUAUAUUAUAUGAAUUAAACCACAAACGUGAUCGAUCACACAGUCAAAUCAUUUUGGUUGCGGCCGUGUUGUUGGGCCACAACACGUGAUUGUUUGUGCAGUAGAUUCAUAUUUCU